AUGUUGUCCAAGCAGUUUGCCCGUGGCUUCGCCUCCACCGCCCCCGCUAAAAACUACGCCCUGACCAUCAAAAACUUGAAGGUCAACGCGGACACCAAGGUGAUCUACCAGGGCUUCACCGGAAGACAAGGUACUUUCCACGCUGAACAGGCCAUUGCUUACGGUACCAAGGUCGUCGGUGGUACCAACCCCAAAAAGGCCGGUACUGAGCACUUGGGCAAGCCAGUUUUCGCUACUGUCAAGGACGCCAUCAAGGAGACCGGUGCCAACGCUACCGGUAUCUUUGUGCCACCUUCCAUUGCCGCUGGUGCUAUUGAGGAGGCCAUUGAGGCCGAGAUCGACUUGGCUGUGGCCAUCACUGAGGGUAUUCCCCAGCACGACAUGUUGAGAAUUGCCCAGAUCUUGAAGACCCAGUCCAAGACCAGAUUGGUCGGUCCUAACUGUCCCGGUUUGAUUGCCCCAGAGCAGUGCAAGAUCGGUAUCAUGCCUUCCCACAUCCACAAGAGAGGUAGAGUUGGUAUCAUCUCCAAGUCCGGUACCUUGACCUACGAGGCCGUUGCCCAGACCACCCAGGUUGGUUUGGGUCAGUCCUUGGUCAUUGGUAUGGGUGGUGACCCAUUCCCAGGUACCAACUUCAUUGACGCCUUGACCUUGUUCUUGAACGACCCUGAGACUGAGGGUAUCAUCGUGAUUGGUGAGAUUGGUGGUACCGCCGAGGAGGAUGCCUCCGAGUUCUUGAAGCAGCACAACUUGACCAGACCAGAGGGCCCUAAGCCAGUUGUGUCCUUCAUUGCCGGUGUUUCUGCUCCACCAGGUAGAAGAAUGGGUCACGCCGGUGCCAUUGUUGCUGGCGGUAAGGGUGACGCCAACUCCAAGAUCACUGCUUUGGAGUCUGCCGGUGUUGUCGUCGAGAAGUCCCCCGCUAGAUUGGGUAACUCCUUGUUGCAGGAGUUCAAGAACAAGGGCUUGUUGAUCAACACUUCCACCAGAACAAAGGAGAAUGUUCACGAUUUGGAAACGUUCCUCAAGUUGAUCGGAAGAAACUCCAUCGAGCAUUUGGACGCAUUCGAGGGCGAUUUGGAGAAGUUCCUUGGUACCUCCUCCAAGCAGAUGAAGAAAAUGGGCAUCGACACCGCUCCCAGGCGAUACUUACUAAGAUGGAGACACAAGUUUGUCAAUGACUUGGAGCCUUUGAGGGAGCACAAGAAGGGCCGUAAGACGAACGGUGGUGAGAGAAACGCCAGAUUGGUGAAAGCGAAGAGAAAGGCCUUGGAGAGGCUUGAAGAGAAGGAGAAGUGGGCCUCAUCCGAACAGGCAGCUGAGGAGAAGGGCGAGAGAGAAUUUUAA